CCCCGCCCAUCCACGUCUAGUCCUUCUGGAGUAGGGGCGUGCAGCUCCUCGUCCCGCCCCUGCCUCUGAGUGACAGCAGCGUGGACAGCUGCCCACCCGGCCGGACCCGCAGUUGGGCCGCCCUCUCUGAGCUAUGCUGAGUAAGAAAAAUCAACCAAGAGUGUAAUUUUUGGUGACUGGAAUUGAAUUUGCCAGGAAUGCAGCUCAGCUUCUGAGACCUUGCUUCGGGAAACAUCUCCUUUUUGGCCGUUUUCCAGAGCUUACACUUGGCAGCAUCAAGGACACAGUGUAAGCAGGUAUUUUGGAGAGCAAAGAUGGGUAGAAAAGACUCCUCCACUACAAAGCUUCCUGUCGAUCAGUACAGAAAGCAAAUUGGUAAACAGGAUUAUAAAAAAACCAAACCUAUUUUACGAGCAACCAAAUUAAAAGCAGAAGCAAAGAAAACAGCAAUAGGCAUAAAGGAAGUCGCCCUCCUGCUUGCAGCUAUACUGGCCCUCCUACUGGCUUUCUACGCUUUCUUUUAUCUCCGACUGUCCACGAAUAUUGACUCUGAAAUGGACCCAGAUGAAGAUUAGCUGAGCAGAAAUCAAUAAAGGAAGGGAGAUAAUUCUGAUCAGAGCAUCUUUGAGGACAAGUACUUUGCCAAUUUCCAAAACUAGAACGUGUUGCAUAUUUUCCUCUUGGUACUGUCAGUGUGCAGAAGUAUCUUUGUGUCUAGUGGCAGAGGGUAU